AUGCGGCUGGAGAUUGAGGUCAGCCGGGUUUUAGCGGCUGGGAUUGCUGAAGAUCUCGGUUGGGUUUUAGCGGUUGGGACUGUUAGAGAUCUCAGCUGGGUUUUGGUGGCUGGGAUUGUUGGAGAUCUUGGCCGGAUUUUGGAGUUGAAGCUGUGGCUGGAAUUGGAGUUGAAGAUUUGCACCCAGGAUUUGGAGCACAGAUUGAGGGAGCUUCGUGGCGGAGAUUUGGAGCACGAAUUGAAGGAAUAUUGCGGUCGGGACCUGCUGGAAUACUGCGGCCGGAUCUUCUGGAGUAUCGUGGCCGGGCUUUGGUUGGAGAUUGCGGCCAAGAGCUGGAAGAUGAGCCCGGAUUUCUUGUGGCUGAAGCCCCCAGUUUUUCACCACUAG